CUAACCCUCUUCCGUCUCCAGUGACCUCACUUCACUUCUAGCCGCCGCUUCUCUUGCUCCAAGCCCUCAUUCCGUCGCCGUCUUCGCUCCCAUAAUCGCCUCUCUUCCCAAUCUAUGAUCCUCUCUUGCUUCUCAUCUCUCAAUCUCUCUACUCUCUGGGCAGGCUUUAAACCUUCAUUCGAGGCUGAUACAGUGGAACGAACUCUACAUUGUAGCUCGACUCUCAAACCAUCUACUCUCUCUUUUCUGAGUUCGGUAUUCGAGCGAGUAGAACGACUUCGCGUUCGAGUGUGUCAGUCUGGUGUUGAGGAAUAUUGUGAACCUUUUUUCCGAAAAUUUGCUGGGUCUGAAGCGUCGUUGUUCCCUGAGUUUUUGAACAGUUGCUUCAGCGCUGGCCAUGCAUCCACUAUGAUUCUCUAUUUCUCUAACCAUAGCAUAGGGAAUACGAAAGGAUGCAACACUAAGAUGUGCCUCUGGACUAGCAGAUUCUGAACAGUAGAUUCUUGCUUUUUCUCGUUCGUGGUAGAAAAAUGAGUCUGGAGAAUUCUGUUUCCUGAUCAAUUGAACCACAGAUGACGGAAGCAUGUCUGAAGGAGAUGCCUCCACUAUGAUUCUCUAUUUCUCAAACCAUAGCAUAGGGAAUACAAAAGGAUGCAACCCCACCAGGGACCCUCUGUUUUUAUUUUAAAUGGUGAAGGCCCUAAGAUGUAGAAAGGUGUCAUCUUCUGAUAGGAAUGCACAAGUACUUGCUUUGUUGAACAUUUCACGAAGUUUGAAUAAAGAGAAAUGCUUUCCUUAAUAAGACCAAAUCAGAACAGGCAGAUACCCCAAAAGACAACUUCAUAUCUAAAUUUUAUUGUCAAGUUAUCCAAUCAUUGUUUAGAAACAGCAGUUGAUAUAGAUGAAAUUACCAGAAUUAUUAACGCUCAUCCCUUUCCCGAACAACCUCUUCAGCCUGCACUUCUCCGGUACAUCCCUCCUCCUACCCUCUCUCCUUGUUUUGUGGAGAAUGUUCUUGGGCGGCUAUUUGCAUCACAUUCCAAUGGUCUUAAGGCCCUUGAAUUUUUCAAAUUUUCCCUUCAGCAAUCCCCCUCCUGUCCAAGUUCUGAUGCCUUGGAGAAGACACUUAAUAUACUAACAAGGAUGCGCUAUUUUGACAAGGCAUGGGAGUUGUUGGAAGAAAUCAGAAACACACAUCCUUCUCUGAUCACCCUUAAGUCAAUGAGCAUCAUGCUAUCAAAAAUUGCCAAAUAUGAAUCCUAUGAGGAUAUCCUUGAAGCAUUCAGAAGGAUGGAGAAUGAUAUAUUUGUUGGGAGAAAAUUCGGUACUGAUGAAUUUAAUGUACUUCUUAAAGCAUUUUGCACGCAAAGACAAAUGAAGGAGGCAAAGUCAGUGUUCCAAAAGAUGUAUCCACGAUUUCACUCUGAUACCAAGACCAUGAAUAUCUUGCUUUUGGGCUUCAAGGAAUCAGGUGAUGUAACUGCCGUUGAACUAUUCUACCAUGAAAUGGUUAAAAGAGGUUUUCAUCCUAAUACCAUAACUUAUAAUAUUAUAAUUGAUGCAUACUGUAAGAAAGGUUUUUUUGGUGACGGUUUGAGACUCUUGGGGGAGAUGGAACGCAGAAAUUGCAUUCCAACAAUAGAAACAAUAACCACACUGAUUCAUGGGGCAGGGGUGGUUCGAAAUUCAAGCAAGGCAUGGGAAUUAUUUAAUGAGAUUCGUGUGAGAAACUUAGUUGCUGAUACUGGUGCUUAUAAUGCUUUGAUAAGUUCUUUGGUUAGAUCAAAAGAUAUUAAAUCGGCACUUUCAUUGAUGGAUGAGAUGGUUGAGAAACACAUUGAACAUGAUAGUGUAACUUAUCAUACAAUUUUCUUCGCAUUAAUGCGAUCCAAUGACAUUGGAGGUAUGAUUGAAUUUUAUGACAAGAUGACUCAGAGAAAUUUUGUUCCGAAAACACGGACAGUUGUUAUGUUGAUGAAAUAUUUCUGUCAAAAUUCUCGCCUUGAUUUAAGCUUAACUUUAUGGCAAUAUGUUUUAGGGAAAGGAUAUUGCCCUCAUGCUCAUGCUUUAAAUCUUUUGGUCACUGGGUUAUGCUCAAGGGGUCUGGUACAAGAAGCUUUUGAGUGCUCCAAACAAUUGUUAGGGAGGGGAAGACACAUGAGUGAAUCAACAUUUUUAAUGCUGGAAAGGCUUUUAAUCCAGGUAGGUGAUGUGGAGAAGCUGAAGAAGCUUGACCAGAUGAUAAAAGAAUUGGAGGCUGUUUUGCCUCCAUCUAGAGGGCAUGCUAAAGGUAUUUCUCCCUCCGGAGAGCUAAAUUAGCUUUUAUUGUAUUUUUCCUGUGAAUGUUUACCACCUGAUUUAGGUGAAUUAAUUUAGUGUUCACAUUUAUAUUUGUUGAAAUUGCAAUUAAACGGACCUCACUUGAUAGAGAAGAAAGUGAGCUCUCUCAAGGCGAUACGUUGAUUAACAACAUUCAUGUGUAACUCUAGUUACUUGUGAUGUGCUCAUUUUCUGAUGCUCCUUUUGAA